CUUUUGCGGUAGAGUUUGGGGAAAAUAGCCAAAUCUGUUUUCCAAACACAUUUUUGUAAAUAACUGACAGGAGAUGGAAGUAUUAACCCAAGUGAUGGAAGUUAAUUAUUAACCCUGUUAGAUGGCGGCUCACUGGUCUUUGUGAUAUUCUAAUCCGGGUCACAGAAUGGCUAAGACAGCUUUAAGUGGAGGGUGGAUUUUAUUUUUCUCAGUUUGCCUUCUCUUUUCCACUCUGAAAGAAUGUUGUGGCUGCUCUUUUUCCUGGUGACUGCUAUUCAUGCUGAACUCUGUCAACCAGAUGCAGAAAAUGCUUUCAAAGUGAGACUUAGUAUCAGAACAGCUCUUGGCGAUAAAGCGUAUACCUGGGAUACAAACGAAGAGUAUCUCUUCCGAGCGAUGGUGGCUUUCUCCAUGAGAAAAGUUCCGAACAGAGAAACAACAGAAAUUUCCCAUGUCUUGCUUUGCAAUGUAACCCAGAGAGUGUCAUUCUGGUUUGUGGUAACAGACCCUUCAAAAAAUCACACCCUUCCUGCUGGUGAAAUACAGUCGGCCAUAAGGAUGAGCAGAGAACGGAUCAACAAUGCCUUCUUUUUGAAUGACCAGACUCUGGAAUUUUUAAAAAUCCCUUCCACCCUUGCACCACCCACGGACCCAGCUGUGCCCAUUUGGAUCAUCAUAUUUGGUGUGAUAUUUUGCAGUGUUAUAGUUGCAAUUACACUGCUGAUUUUGUCAGGGAUCCGGCAACGUAGAAGGAAGGAUAAAGGUGCAUCUGAGGUGGGUGACGCCGAAGAUAAGUGUGAAAAUGGCAUCCCAUGUGAUCCACUAGACAUGAAGGGAGGGUGCGUUAAUGACGCCUUUGUGACGGAGGAGGAGCGCCUCACCCCUCUCUGAAGUCCACCGUUCUGCUUUCUUUGUGCGUGCUCAGCAUUCCAAAUACCAAAGGCAGAUGAUGUAUUUUGUUUCAUCACUCUUUUGUAAGAAAUUUUAAACAUGCUUCCCAGUGCAGGGUAUCAGUUAUACUCGUGAAGACCAUGAAAUCAUAGGCUGAUGACUACUUAAAAUAAUCUACAAUGCUUUUCAAGUUAUGAGGUGCUUGUAGUUAUUGAUUUAAAUAUUUCAGGAAAUAAGUCAGGUGUGUGUGUGUGUGUGUGCGUUCAUAUAAAUAUUGACACUUUGAAGGCCUGUAAAAGGUAAUCUCUCCAGUGGCAAAUACCUGUAAUAUCAUAUAAAAAUCAUUGAAAAUAAUUUUCCUUUUUAAAUAUUGCUAAUAUUUUGUGUAAGAGUAAGUAAUUCUUGUAAAUUGAAUGGAUAACAAUCAGUUACAAAGAGAAUUUUAUUCUGUUAUCAUGCCUACAGUUGCCUAUAUAAUGUAUGAAUAACAGCCUCCAAUAGGACAUUUCUGUUUGUUGGUUUUGUAAAAGUUCAAUAUAUGCUAAUUUAACAGUGCUAAUCUCAUUUUUAUCAUGUGAUUGUGAUCUGAAACUCAUUUUCACAUUGUGGAACAUAGUGAGAAUAAUUUUUGUUAGCUAUGUUUAAUGUACUCUGCAGCCCUAGAAAUGAAUUAUUUUGGUUGUAUGUAUACAUGUUUGAAGAAAUCUUGUAGUUUAGAUAUUGAUUUUAUUUGUAGAUAAUCCAUGUAUCAUUCUUAAUUGCAAUAAUAAUAAUAAUUAUGCAUUUAUUAAUGGAAAUAA